CCUCGAGAUAUCCUGUCCCUCUAUAUCGCAUCUCACAUUACAAUAAUGACAUAGAAGAACAACAGCUUUCCUAGCGCCUCCGACUUAUUUCAAUAGCUUAGCAAACAGACAGACAAAGCGCUACAAUGGACGCCUCUGAGCUGCUGACUCUACCGUUGGCGUACCAGAACGGCUCGGCUCGCCUUCUCACGGGAGACCUGGUCGUACACGACAUUGAGCGAUGGUGUCAUCAAAAAGCCGACAAAGGAGGCGUCAAGCCAGUCAUGGCUGUUUUGUUCUUCAACACGGGCCCUGAUGCUGUCGACUAUGUCAAGAUCAAGGCUCACGUUGCUGCACGGGCUGGCGUGGACUACUGGGUGUAUGAGAUGCCCGCCGACGCGUCAACAAUAGAGGUCAUGAACGAAGUCAAAGAGCUGAACAUGGACCCUCAAAUCCACGGCAUUCUUAUACAGCGCCCGUUGCCUAAGCAGUUGAAUGAAGCAAAGAUCAUGGGAUACGUCGAUCCUUUCAAGAAUAUUGAAGAAUACGAUAAAGGCGAGGCCGACAACAUUGCUGUAGACGCCUUGGUCCGAUUGCUGGCUAGGUAUGGGCUACUAGAGUCAGCACAACAGGCUCAAAUCCAGAUAGUCGGUUUCGGCAACAUCAUUACGAAAGAGUUUAUCAACAAGAUGAAGCGCGAAUUCCCCUACGUGAGCGCGUCCAAAGACUUCGAUCCAUCUCAUGAUGCCAUUCAAGAGAAUGAUGAAGCUCUUGGGGAGAAAGUUCAGGCACCACCACGCGCUUCUAUGAUUAUCUCGGAACUUCAUCGAGGACCCGGGUUCAUAAGAGCAUCUAUGGUCAAGCCGGAAGUGAGCGUCUUAGUCGAUCUUGGCUUCUAUGUCACAGAAAAAGGCGUCAUCGGCGAUGUUAGCCACUCUCUUUUUGAUCGGAGUGAUCUAGCAAUUGCUCCGACACCGGGAGGAGUCCUUCCCAUUCUGUUAUGGAUCAUGAUGGAGCGGACAAUCAAGGCCAAGCGGAUCAUUGCGAAAGAAAACAUGCGAGGGUGCUGCUGCUUAACUAUGUGAGACUAGCAGUUUUAGUUUCACCAACUCUUGUGCAUUCUCACUGCUGGGUUUAGACGCUGCUAAUGGAAAUGCAGGAGAUGCCGCAUUCUGCCGUGACAAUACUGGCCGCUGUGAAAAGGAUAUCAGUCAGCGACAGCGAGUUCUUUUAGCACCACUAUGGGCUGGGCAACAUCAAGCUCAUGCUAAGAGACACCGAUGUCAUGCUCUCAUGCAAUGGAGUGGCCAGGACUGGUUGCCGAAAUCCGUGUUCUGUUUAUGGAAAUAAACCGAUUUUACACAAGGCUGAUCAAAACCUAUAAAUAUUACAUCAGACCUGUUAUAGAGGAUACUGAGGAUUUUUAGUCGGUCAUGCUUAUGUAGUCUUUAGAUUAAUGUAUUACUAAUACGGGCCUGCUCAUUACGUACGCUACACGCAUAACUGUGAUGAUCACGUUCAGGGAUUCCCCAGCGCGAGGGAUUUGUUGGUCAC